AACUCAAAUAAUCAUAAACCCUCAAAUCGAUCGGCAGAAUUAUUGUAAAAGCAAAUCGCUAUUCGCAAACAAUAUACCCUUUCCAGUCCAACUGUCAGAGUCAAUUCCAUAAAGAAGCUAUCUUCCUCUAUACAUUAUCCUUCCUAUCUCAGGCCAUAACAUGGAACUCGGGAUCUAUUUUAUUAUAAAGUGCAUUGUCUACUAUAGGAGGGCGGUCGACCGAACAGCAUAAAUAAUUUAACUGUCUUAAAAGAUUCAAAAAUAGUUUCCUAACAUUGCCCCCCCUAAAUAUGUACACCAUUUGUCAGGCCAUAACUAGAUUUAAACGACGCGUUACAGUACAAAAGGUCACGCCCAUUGACAGAAAUAUGUUCGUCUCGUUUUAGCGCGCGAUUAAGCCUACCAAUUAGGUGUGCGGCGUCUCGCUUUUACGGACGGUUUCUGGUUAACUUUACCUUUUACAAGCUUGCUUAGAACGUGGCAACUGCUAGAGUUGUCAUACACAUUUUAGAUCUUAUUUCGAUAAGCAAAAGACACAAAAUGCAGCAAUAAUGGAUGUGUAGGGGGGAACCAAUUGAAGCGAGACUCCCCUUGAAAGGGACGGAACGAAUCGUCUGUUUAAGUUAGUGAGGCCAAACGAGUUUUUAUGUUUGGAAAUCGUAUUAAGCUUUUGUUCGAAACUGUUCCACUCAACGGGCAUAGUUGAGGCGUUUGUGCGGUCAACUAUCGCAGUAUCGAAAAGAGAGGGGGCAACGCUGAUUGGCUCGUUCUGUUUGAUAUUGUGUGUGUCGAUUCGGCCGCGGGCGGUCGCGCGAACCGAGCUCGAUUCAAAUUUGGAACGCGCGUUUCAGUUGUUUUUCGAAAUUUAAAUCCGGUGUUCGAAUUUCAAAAUGUUUUCCUGUCGGUGAAGCGACUUUGUGUGCCAGUGUUUUUUUGUUUAUAAAGACUAAAAAAACUAUAACCAUGUCUUCAGUGCAUUCAGAUGAUGAUCAAGAAGAGAUCAACGUAGACUCAGACAGCAGGCUAUCAGGACAUGACAGAAGUAUAGCAUCCGAUGAUCAGAAUUCAGAACACAGCUAUCAUGAAAGAUAUCCAAGCCCAAACGACCAUAUGACAGAUACGCAACCUAGAGUAAAUCUUCCUUUCAGUAUAUCUAGAUUAUUAGGGAAGCAUUUCGAAGAUAUAGAGAAACGGAGGAAUUCAGGAGAGAGUGAUAGAAGUGAGGAUACGGAAUCAGAAAGUGCAAAAGAUGAUCAGAAGGAGAUACCUUUGAAUUUUUCACAUCCUCCAGGGUUGUACUCAGCUGGGUUGUUGAGGCCUGGGUUGAGUAUGGGGGGUUAUGGGUUUGGGAAUCCGGGGGUGGUGAGGGUGCCAGCUCAUCGGGCGCUAGGGGCGCUUGGAGCGUGGGGAGUGGCCCUGGAUCCCAUGCGGCAGGCGGCUGCGGCGGCGUUUGCGCAUCAGGUCGUCAAGGAUAGACUGAAUGCCUCCUUCCCCAUCACGAGGCGGAUCGGCCACCCGUACCAGAACCGAACGCCGCCCAAACGCAAGAAGCCGCGCACCUCGUUCACUCGACUCCAAAUAGCUGAGCUGGAGAAGCGGUUCCACAAGCAGAAGUAUCUGGCGUCGGCGGAGCGGGCGAGUUUAGCGAAGACUUUGAAGAUGACCGACGCGCAGGUGAAGACGUGGUUUCAGAAUCGAAGGACGAAAUGGAGACGCCAAACAGCUGAAGAGCGCGAAGCGGAGCGCCAAGCGGCCAACCGACUGAUGCUCUCUCUCCAAGCCGAAGCUUUAAGCAAAGGCUACAUCCCAGAACCGCCGCCCUCAGCGCCGUUGUCAGCGCUCCACUACCAAAGCCCUGCUAACUCAGCGCCGGCUCCCCCUGCGAAUACAGCGCUCAGCGCUUUACAGAACCUUCAGCCCUGGGCGGGGAACCAGGGGUUCAUAAACGCUCAAGCGGCCAGCGCAGCGCCGCCGCACCCGCCGCCCGUGGCGUCGCCGAUUUGUUGA